UUCUUGUAGACAUUUCACAUUUAAACAAUCAGAUGAUCUGUUUUGAAUCUUGGUUGUAAUGUGCCAUCAACAAUAUCAAAAUGUGAAAAUUCAACUGCGUUAUUUAGUUCCGUUUUUUCAUGUUAUAAUUUGUUUAGGUGUACUAUUGCCUUUACUACUAUGUGAAUCUGAGCUACAUCGGAUCGUUUUCAUUGAACCGGAUUAUAUCCAUAUCACAUGCUUCUUUAUUUUCUUUGUUGUAUCACUUAUUGCCUACGGUUUGACAAGUUGUAUUGACCCCGGUUAUUUAACAGCCGAAAAGGCAAGGUGGUUUCGACAUCGUCGUGGUCAUAUUUCACUAACUAAUGAUCCUGUCGAUGAGUCUUCCCCAUAUAUCAAUGAUGAAUACACUACUGCUAAUUCGGAUGCAAUUUGUAAGCGCAAUUCAACAAUGGAUCACAACUAUGCACAAUCACAGUCAUUUUUCAAGCAUUCAACAGGUCAUCCUGAAUCUCAGUGUGUAGAAAAAGACAAUACCACUGUUCCGACGCAAUCGAAUAGGCUCUGCGUUAUUUUGAAGACGGAUUGGUCGAAUCGCUUAUGUUCCAAAGUGAAUACAGAUUGUGAAGUGUUGGUUAAUCUGUCUGUUCCCGUGAGGUUUUGUAAACAUUGCCUUCUAGAGCAACCGCUUCGUUGUCGUCACUGUCCAGAUUGUAAUCGUUGUGUGCUGAAAUUUGACCAUCAUUGCCCAUGGGUGGGUAAUUGUAUCGGAGAACGGAAUCAUUCAGCAUUUGUUGUGUUCCUAUUUUGUCAAAGUGUUUCAAUUUGGUGGUGUGUAUAUUUUACCUGGUGGUCAUUUGUAGGAACACUUGAUUGGAUUGAUUGGUUCCGAAAUAAUGGUUUAUUCUUAUUUCUUAUAAUUAUGCUGACUGUCUGUGGAAUACCUGUUACUCUAAUACUUGGAUUUCAUGUGUAUUUGGCUUCAGUUAACAAAACCACUUGGGAAACAGUAGCACAUGAUCGUAUCACUUAUUUACAGAGUUUGAAAUCUCAUGAGAAUCCUUUCAAUCAGGGUUACUUAUGGAAUUGUUAUGCUUUUUGUUGUUCUCGUCACCCAUUUGGUUGGGAUCGAAUUUAUGCUAAUUCUGCUGAACGAUUUACUCCUUUCAAUAAAAAAGACUCUCAUAGUUAUAAUGAUACAAAUACACCUAUAUGUGUUCAUCCUGAUACCUGUGAAUCAAACAACCAAACUAAUCGUAUCAAUCAACCUGUUUAAUUAUCGCUUAGAUUAACGUGUUUUUGUAUGCAUAUCUCUAAAUAUAGGCUUGUUAAAUGUUCAGUUUUUUUUAAAAUAUAUAUAUUGUAUUUUUCAAUUCUUAAAUGUUGUCUGCAUAUUGAACAUAGAAAGAUUUUGCUUUUCAUAAGUUUAUUGGUAUAAAAUUAUUUCUACGUUUUGAGUUUCAAGUUAUUUUUUAUCUUAUUCUCUUUUGUCAUACUACUGCUUCAGUGUAGUCUCUCUAGUUUUAAGUUUUAUAUUCAGCAUAUUCAGUGUGUAUGAGUAACUUUGAUUACUCUUUACUGCUGGUGCAUAAUUAACAUGCUUUAUAAACUAAGUGUUAUAUGUGAUGAUUAUCGUGUUUUUGCAAAUCUCAUAUCAUUGUUACAAUGGAAUUCGAUUAUUUUUUUUAUCAUCAUUCGUUCAGCUUUUUGUUUUCCUAGAAGGAAAAAAAAAGAACACUAACUGCUGAUACCGCCGAACAUGAAGAGUCCUUUGAUUUUUCUUUCCGAGUUCAUUUUUAAAUGAAUUGAUAAUCUUUCAUAAAUAUUCUUCAGUUUUCAUCUUAUGUAUACCAAUCUAAAGAGUUGUUUUUGUGUGUUGUGUUUACGUCUUUUUCUUAGAUAAAAAGGGAAGAAUAAUAACAAUGAUGACAAGUAUAUUACUGAAACAGUUGUGAUAAACUAGCAUCCUACUGUUUCUAAUAGGUGAACUUUCUUCAGAGUUAUUGUGUUUAUCUGAUUUAUUCUUCUCUGUCUCUCUCUUCUUGUGUGUGUGUGUGUGUGUGUGUGUGUGUGUGUGUGUGUGUGUGUGUGUGUGUGUAAUCCAAGUUAAUGGCUUGCUGUCUACUUAUCCAUUGUAUUGAAUUGCAUUUCAUCCUGGAAUAUAUCUAGAACAGAUGCUGUGUAUUCAUACACUUA